AUGUUAUUCCUACUUAUAAUAUUACUCAUUACAUUAACAUCUUUUUCUGCUCCAGUUUUAUCAGAUGACUCUAGUACAAUCUCAAAACUUAAAUCUCCUUUUGAAACAUUAUCAAGAUUAAUAUCAAAAGAAUCAACAACUUCACCACCACCUUCUCCCAUGUUAAGUCCUAUCAAAUUACCAUUUCCUGACUGGUUGAAACAAUUUACUGGUUUAACUGAAUGGCCUGAUUUAAAUCCACCUUAUAUUCCAUUAGACUUUAUAAAUUUCAAUUUAAUCGCAGAUGUUCCAAUUCAUGAUCAAGCACAAUGUGAUAAUCCACAAACAAGAUUAUCUAGUUCAUGUUCAUUUGAUUGUUUCAAUUGUGUAGAAGCUGAUGAUAUUUAUACAUGUAGUAAAUUAGUUCAAACAUUUGAUGAUGGACCAAGUCAACAUACAAAGAAAUUAAUUUCAAAUAUUAAAACAAAGACUACUUUAUUUACAUUAGGUGUCAAUAUUAUAAGAUAUCCUGAAAUAUAUCGAGAAUGUGUUGAUCAAGGACAUUUAAUGGGUUCACAUACAUGGAGUCAUAAAUUUUUACCAAGUUUAUCAAAUCAAGAAAUUAUUGCACAAAUUGAAUGGUCAAUAUGGGCGAUGAAUGCAACUUCAAAUCAUUUACCAAAGUGGUUUAGACCACCAUAUGGAGGAAUAGAUAAUAGAGUAAGAUCAAUUUUAAGACAAUUUGGGAUGCAAGCUGUUUUAUGGGAUUUUGAUACAUUUGAUUGGAAAAUGUUAGAUACAAAAUCAAUAAGAAAUGAAGAAGAUAUUUAUAAAGAUGUAAAACAGUUUAAGACGACUUCGGGUAAAGGUAUUAUCCUUGAACAUGAUGCCAUAGCAAGAACAGUUGAUGUUGGGAUAGAGAUAAAUAAAAAUAUUCUAGACGAACAAUUAACAAUAUCACAAUGUGUUGGAGGAUUAAAUUAUAUAAAAAUAUUUAAUUAG